AGGGGUGUAUUUAUGGUGUAUCACAUCCGCGCCCCGUCUUCCAGCGCCCCUAUACCGGCCACCAGCACAUCGCUUCUCUUAUCUCUGCUGCUGAUAGCAUACCCGUCCCACGUACACAGCUCUGAUCCAAAUACACGGAGCAGGGAGUAGUAGUAAUGUGUGGCCAUCCUAGUCCUAAUAAUAAGGGUACAGGUCAGAUGUAUUGUGCGCUGUAUUGCAAUGAUGCCUGUAGGGUUGGUAUGCUGUGCACAAAUUUUCGAUGUCAUUUGGAAAAGCUUUAUGCUUUGAAAAUGACCCAAGUUGAAACAGUGUAGAAGGACAAGGACAGAUCUGACCUGCAGGAUUCUGCCAGACGAUGCAGAGCUCACUGUGGUCGCAGAUUAGGUGUGUCCUGCCCAAUUGUCUGGAAGAGUUCCCAACAAAGCUGGGCCCAGAGGUGGAUGGAUCUAUAGCUCAGUGUGUGAAGGAGGCCGCUGUCUAUAUUUACAAUGGUGAUUUGAGACAAUGUGGGCAGCUGGGAGAGCUGAUUAUGGAUUACAGCUGGGAAAAGCUAAAUGGCUGUAACUGGAGGAAUGUGCCCCGGGACUGGAGGACUGUGUACUCCUAUGGCUGCUUAUAUAAGCUAGUGGGUGUGUGUGGAGAUGGAGGUACAGGAUUCAAGGAGGAGGAGGCUCUGCGGGUAUGUGACAUGGCGCUACUCCUGGGUGCUGAGAUCAUGGACAAUGUGAUGAGCAGAAUAAUUCCCAUACUACGGACUAAACACCACCCUGAGGAAGCUGCGGAGACCCUUCAAUGUUUAUCAGACCUGACAUACAAAAAACAAAAGCGGCCCCGAGAUACUGAAGGAAAUGAGACUGAGAAAGAGAAAAAUAGUACGAUCCCUGAGAAAAUCCAUCGUCCAUUUACUCCAGUCCUGCAUUUAGAGAACACAAUACCGACCGUCCACUGCCCUUCUCUGGAACACUUCAAACAGAAUUAUCUGGCUCCACAGAGGCCAGUGAUAUUAGAAGGGGUCAUCGAUCACUGGCCAUGCAUGAGGAAAUGGAGUGUGGAGUACAUACAGAAGGUGGCCGGAUGUCGGACUGUGCCCGUGGAGCUGGGAUCCAGAUACACUGACGCAGAAUGGUCUCAAAGCUUAAUGACUAUAAAUGAGUUUAUUAAUACAUACAUGCUGAAUCCGUCAACUCGCAGGGGAUACCUCGCUCAGCAUCAGCUGUUUGAACAGAUACAUGAACUGAAAGAGGAUAUUGGUAUCCCGGAUUAUUGCUGCCUUGGCGAGGGAAAUGAGGAUGACAUUACUAUUAAUGCCUGGUUUGGACCAUCGGGAACAGUGUCUCCUCUUCAUCAGGAUCCUCAGCAGAACUUCUUAGCACAGAUUGUGGGGAGAAAGUUCAUCCGCUUAUACUCAGUGACGGAGACGGAACGCCUGUACCCAUAUGAUACGUCCCUUCUACACAACACCAGUCAGGUAGAUAUUGAAAAUCCUGACACUGAGAAGUUCCCUAACUUUGCACAAGCAGCUUACCAAGAGUGCAUCCUGUGCCCUGGGCAGGUCCUAUUUAUCCCGGUGCAAUGGUGGCAUUAUGUGCGAGCCCUGGAUAUCAGCUUUUCUGUCAGCUUUUGGUGGUGUUGAUGGGACGCUCUAUGAAACGUGCAGUUUCAGUGUGUAGACUCCACUGGUCACUAUAUAAACAUUCUAAUACUGACCUCAUUGGUGCCUUCUGCUGUAUAGUAACACAAUGCAAACUAUUGCUCCCCAUCUAAUCAGCCAUUUCAAUGUGCAGACAUCACUUAUAAUAAGCGAUUUCUCUAUCGUCCUAGUGGAUGCUGGGGUUCCUGAAAGGACCAUGGGGAAUAGCGGCUCCGCAGGAGACA